CCGGAAAGACACACAUCUCUGCUCAUUCUCACCUUUCAGAUAGGAGCGCAACAACAACGACAACAACCGAGCCUACACUAAGUCAGCUUUUGGACGAAAGUCGCCAUCCUUGUGUGCCAAUUAACGCAAGAAUACCGGCCUCCCUCGCAAGCACCUCCCACUUGCCCCUCGAAACCAUGUCGUCCGGGCCACUCAUAAGUGAAUACAUCUCCAAGGGGAUAGUAUUUUUCAAUCUCCUCGCCGCCCAGGCCCACAUGACCUCCCGGUUCACGCCGGCCUUCUCUAGAAACCUCGCGGAGAAGCUCCCGCAGCACAAAAGGGUGCUUUUCUGGUGGGCUGGCGUCUCAGACUCAGGGCUGAGGGUUUUCUUCGUCGGCCUCAAUAUCUUGCUCUCCGUCUUGCUUUGGAUGCCGAGCUCACGGAGACUCGGGCUUUGGAUCGGCUUCAGCUUUUGCUUUGUAGGGCUCUACUCUGACCUGCAGCUGAAGGAAAGCUUCAUCCCGCACACUACUCUUUUCAUCUUGUGCAGCAGUGCGCUGUGGCUGGGGGAGUAGUGAAUGUCUUGAUGAGAUCACUGAGUGUGGUAGAGGGAAAUGUGCCAUGCUGUGCGAUGAAGGGCCCUGGUAGAUAAUAGCCGCGCUCUCAUGUAGUAUCUUGGAUAGGUAGGUAUGCAGCUGUGGCAAAUUUAGGAUCCCUUGAUUGAUCACCAAG